AUGAUACAAGGACGACUUCGAAUUGACAAACUUGCAUUGUUAAUGAAAAAUAUACAAGGCCAGUCUUCAAGUAUAAAAAAAUGUCAUAAAGACUCAGAAGCUAGUGCCAAAGCUAUUUAUAUCGUAGCACAAAAAAUUGAGGCUAAAUGGAAGGCGUUCACUGGUGGUGAAUUUAUAAAACAGUGUAUGGAGGCCGCCUAUGAAAUUGUAUGUCCACCACAAAAACAACUUUUUUCCAAAUUGAGUUUAUCGGUGGUAACUGUAGCAAGACGAUUAGAAGAACUAAGAACUGAUAUUGAGAGUAGGUACCCUAAAAGAACGUAUUUCUAA